UGAGCACUUCUUCUUCAGGACGCGUCUGUGUAAGUCAUUUAACACACUGUCGCACAGUGAACUGACGAGCGCGAGGAGGAGGGAUCUGUCAUCUUCACGGUCUCAGGCAGCAUGUGGACGGGCUCCUCUCGUGCCACUGUCGAGAGAGAAAUUGCGAGAGCCAGUGUCAAAAUUCGAGAACAUCUAUCUUUGGAUGCAGAGUAAGCUGAUGUUUCACAGCUGUAAAUAGUUUUGGAGUCUUGGUUCAUUGUAUUCACUCUACAGGGCACGCGCUACACUUUGGCGGUGGUGACAGUUAAUCUAUCUGAGCUGGGUUCUCGGCCAGUGCAAUCUAAGGAAGUAAUCGUUAUAAAGGACUAUACACCUGCAACUUGUUCCCAGAACGGUGGUGACUGACUCCCGUUGGAUGUAACGUUGAGCGGAGUGACGCGGGUCGGUUUGCGGGCAAAUAGAGCGGUGGCGGACCAAACGCACAACGUCCAAUUUAAUCUCCCUUCCCGUGUCUCUGCUCCGCCCGACUCAUAACGGAGAUGUUGCUCCUCGGAAUACUGCUCAACAUCUUCAUACGAGGUGUGGUCCCCUCCUUGUCACCCCUCCCCCUUGGCUUUGUAGACUGUGUGGAGGCAGAGAGGGGGUGUAAGGAAGACCCCCGGUGUAAGGAGCUGUACAUGACCCUGGAGUACUGUGCAUCCGAGGAGGCGUUGGCUCCGCUGGGGAACAAGGCCAGCAUAGAGUGCCUGGAGGCCCUGAGCGGCCUGCACUACCUCCCUCUGUUGGCCUGCAAGUGUCAGCGCGGCGCACGCAGAGAGGAGCACUGCCUCAAAGUCUACUGGAGCAUCAGGAUCCGGCAGGGUUAUGAUGACUUUGAGGGGUCUCCCUAUGAGGACUCGCCAGUGGAGUCUUCUCGAAUGGCCUCCUUAGUGGCAGCAGCCUCCUCUCUUCUUCUAGAUGGACAGAACGUAUGUCUGAAGGCAGCCCAGGACUGUGGUCUGUAUGAGAAAUGUGGUUCCCUGAGGUCUGAGUACGUCCUGGCCUGCACCAAGCAUGCCCCAGGCUCGGACCACUGCAACAGGCAGAAGUGCCACCGGGCGCUGCGGCGCUUCCUGGAGCGCGUUCCGGAGGAGUACAGCCUGGGGUUGCUGUUCUGCCCCUGUACUGACAAACUGUGUGGGGAGAGACGCAGGAAGACCAUCGUCCCUUCCUGUUCCUACCAGGAGAGAGACUGGAUACAGCCCAACUGUCUGCUUCUGCAGAGCUUCUGCAGGAGGGACCAACUCUGCAGGUCCAGAUUGGCUGAUUUCCAGCAUAACUGCCAGCCCUCUGGCCAUUCCCCUUCUGGCUGUAUCAGAGAGAGUGGAGCUGUGUGCCUCAAAUCCUACGCCGGACUGAUCGGCACUAUCAUGACCCCCAACUACGUCAGCAACAGCACUGUGGAUGUGGACUUGUGGUGCAACUGCGAGGGCAGUGGCAACCAAUGGCAGGACUGCCUGAGGAUUCAGCACAUGUUCACCAACAACCCCUGUCUGGAGAACUCCAUCAGUACCAUGGGUAGCUCCUCCCCUCGGCCAGUGGAGAGCACUUUUCCCCCGCCCUCUCGCCCCUCCCCCUUGGACCAGCAGAAUGAGCUCAGCAACAACGCCCAGGAUGAGCUCAGCAACAACGCUGUGGAGCAGAGUGAGGAAGAGGAGGAUAUGGAGGAGGAGGAGGGGGGUCAGUUUGACGUGAUCCCUCUCUAUGCUGAGAAGGCCACGGUGUCCAACCUGGGUUCUGGGGGUAGGGAGGUGUCCCCCCGUCUUUCCAUCGGCCCCCUCCCUCCCUGCUGCUGCUGCUUCUGCUACUGUCUGCCUCUCUGAGCUGGGGGUAAGAGGGGGCACCCCUUCACACAGACAAGAGCCCCCCCACACAGAGAGAGAGAGAGAGAGAGAGAGAGAGAGAAAGAGAAAUUUGUACAGUUUUCUUUGUCUUGCUUCACCUCCCACUGUCAGAGACUUGUCUUGUAUGACAGACCGGGAUGAACCAACUCCAAAGUGACGGAGGGGGGUUAAACUGAGUGACUUGAUAUAUUAUAUGUAAUUUCCUCUUUUGGUGAAAACAUGUGACAGGUUACUAUGGGUCCGAUGGCGCUUCAGUAUAUUCAAGCUUAACUCUGUCCAUUCAUACCUCUAUCUCCAGUGAUGGAGAAGUGCUUUCAGUAAGUCAUGAAAAACUAAUCAGUGGUAUGAAGGAAGUAAUGUGCAUAUGUAGCAUCUCUAAACAUGUAGCUUGACAGAGUGUGUGUGUUCUGUCUGUGCCAGUGUGUGAGCGUUAUGCAAAGAGUAGAGGGUUUUUCAGAAUCAUCUUGUCUCCCGCCUCAUACUCACCCCCGUCAGCAGACACACACACACACACACACACACACACACACACCUGGCUGCAGAACAUUAGAUCCAGCAGAUGCUUAUGAUUUAUUAGUCUAUCUGUGUCCUAUGACUCAGCACAGGCCUGGGAGAAUGACCAACGGCAUUAACACAAAUAAAACAGUCAGAAUGAAAGGAAAAAAGGCGUUCCAUGAAUGUGAGUAAUAAAGCAAGUACAAACCAAAUGUAAUAACUUUUCAACAGGUGCAGGCGCCCGUCUGGGGUUGACUCUGGCAAAGAAGACGACGGGGUAGAGAGAGAGUUUAUCGUGUGUGGUCUAUUUCCACUUUUUACUUGUUUUAGUUUGAGGGGAGAUAAUAAUGUACGGCAUGAACUCUUUAUCUUAUAGUGGCUCUUGGGGAAAAAUGUGGGUGAGCGAGCAGUAGAGGGAGAGAAAGAAAGAGUAAACCAGAGAGAGAGAGAGAGAGACCCUUGAGCGGAAACAUACCAUAGAGAAUGGCUGGCCCUCCAUUUCCUCUGUCUUAUAAAUCUUUUGCUGACA